AUGAAGCGAAAAGGAACCUUUCAAUCACCUUUAGUUGAAAAAGACAUAAACACGGUUAAAAUCAAUUCAGUUCAAACCACUGAUUCAUCAAAUAGUAAAACGGAAAAUGAAUCAAAUGAGGCUACAAAAGACCCAAUCUACUGCACCAUUCUCUGGCGAAAAAUAACUAUGAAAAAACAUAAAACUUGGGAAGGAGAUGGCUAUUUGGUUCGUGAAGGAAGUAAUUAUACUCUUUAUAAUGCGGAUUGGUCAAAAAUUGGAAGUAGCGCUAUUCGUGACUUUUCGUUUGAUGAAGGCGAUAUGUUUCGUGUGGGGGGAAAAGAGAUAACUGUCGAAAAGAUGAUGUCUAGGGAAGAUUUCAAUAACGGAUGUCUAUCUAAUCACCAAUUGAAUGAUGUGCAUCUGCCAGAUACUUACAUGUCGCGAAAGAAGGUCUCCUUUCAAAGUCCAGUUAGUCAGACAUCGAAAUUGCCGCGCAAGCCGCGAGCCUUACAACAGCCAAGACAUGAUCCAAGCGCUGCUGGAUCUUUAGUGAUGCAAAGACCGAUCCUAUGGAAUGACGAGGAACACGUCGAUGUCGUCGUGGAUGCGUUUCUGAGCAAGCGUUUACAAUCGCACCAACGCGAAGGAAUUUGUUUCCUCUACAAUAGCUUAACAGGAAUUAGUAACAAAUACGGCCGUUGCGCUAUAUUAGCAGAUGAAAUGGGACUGGGUAAAACGUUACAAACAAUAACAGUUAUCUGGACAUUAUUGAAACAAAACUAUCAGGCAAGCCAAAAUACAACGAUUAAGAAUGCUAUGGUUGUGACUCCAGUCACUCUUUUACAGAAUUGGCAUGAUGAGUUUUAUAAGUGGCUCGGCCGUGAACGCAUACAUGUGUGUAUAGCUAAAAGUCAAGCAGACUUUGAAGAGUUUUUUCGCAAUCGAAAUUAUUCUAUAUUGAUUAUAGGUUAUGAAAUGGCUUGCUGCUGUCUUCGCAAAGCGACUCUCCCCGGAAAAAUUGACUUGCUAGUUUGUGACGAAGCCCAUCGAUUGAAAUCCAUGCAAAGUCAAGCUUGGAUUGUCCUGCAUAAACUAAAAAUCGAAAGAAAACUGUUAUUGACUGGAACUCCAAUGCAAAAUGAUUUGAUGGAGUUUUACUCAAUGGUCAAUUUUCUUGUUCCUGGAUUGCUAGGAAGCGUUUCAUCUUUCAAAAAUCAGUUCGAAAAACCUAUAAUUAGAAGUAGAGUCAUGUUUGCAACCGAAAGAGAUCAAGAAUUGGGAAAUGCAAGGUUAAAUAGGUUACUGGAAUAUACCAAAGAUUUCAUCCUUCGAAGAAAAACGAGUGUGCUUGCCAAACAUCUUCCCCCUAGACAUGACAUUGCGAUGUUCAUUAGCCCUACUACAAAUCAAAAACAAAGCUACCAAGAAGCCCUGAAAAACUAUAAGAACUAUAGUCAAGAGGAAAAGAAAGGAAAACAUUUGGUUACAUUAUCACUUUUAAGCCAAAUCUGUAACAGCUCUCUUUUAAUUAAUAAGUUACAUUCGGAGCAUGUAGAUUUUGGAGAUUUAUUAAAUUCGUCUGGGAAAUUAAAGGUCGUAAAAUCUUUGUUGGAACUAUUUUCGACACAGAAGGCUAAAACCGUCAUUGUUUCACAGUAUACUGAAACUUUAAAACUUUUACAAAGAAUACUAUCGGAGUUAAAAUUCCCAUAUUUGACAUUACUUGGAAGUACGCCACAUUCAGAACGGGGUAACCUUGUUGACAAAUUCAAUAAAUCGAGCUUUCAUGAGACGGCUGUUCUUCUACUAUCUAGUAAAGCAGGUGGAUGUGGACUUAAUCUUACAGGAGCAAGUAGACUUGUCCUUUAUGAACCCAGUUGGAACCCAGCGCAAGAUUUGCAGGCUCUCUCCCGAAUAUACCGGACCGGUCAGAGAAAUUCUACCGGAAUUUACAUAUUGCUAAGCGCUGGUAUGCUCGAUGAACGCAUAUAUAUCCGACAGAACACGAAACAAGGCUUAUCGGAUUCAUUCCUUGAUUCUGAUGAAAGCCAAAGACAAAACUGUUUUGCUUCGGAUGAUUUGAGGGAACUAUUUACAUAUGAUGAUAAUGAGGCUUGUUUGAUAAACCAGUUACUGCAUAAAUCAAGUCUUAUAUGCCAAGAAAGAAGUUCUUUACAGUCUGAGAAUAGUGAUGAUAAUUAUUCUGAACGUACUCAUAACACAGUGUCGUUAUCGGAGGACAAUACUAGUAGCACGUGGAAGAAAGCAUCAGAAUACCAGGUGCCACAAUAUGAGUUAAUUUCCAUAGCCAAUGCAUUCCGUGACUGGAACUGGGUUUUUCAAAUUUCGGAAAUUUACGAAUCUGGGGUAAGUCGUCUCAUUCCGCAAGAUGAAAAAUUCAUAAAUUGCUUCAUGUACAAAGCCUACUCUUGA